AUGGCGCAAACCGCAGUACUCCAUGAUCCCCUCUCAGAAUUCGGACAAGAAAUGAAGGAGGUGAACACGAGUGGCAAGAAGCCUUUCAGCACAGAUGAGGAAGAUGAUGCGCACGCCUCAUCUGCAGCCACCACAUCGACCAGGAAGAGCACCAGGAGCAAGAGAUCGCACAAAGAAGAGAAGCUGGAGAAGCCCACGUGGGUGCCCGACGACCAGGCGACCAAGUGCCACAAGUGCGAGACCGCGUUCUCGCUCUUCCACCGCAAGCACCACUGCCGUGGCUGCGGCAACAUCUUCUGCAUCAAGUGCUGUGACCACUGGCUGCUGCCUCCGAAGGAGCUCGAGUACACCACCAUCCAGCGGACCUGCCAGUCGUGCUUCAAGCGCCUCUCCUCGCUCAACUUCGAGCGCAACUACGACGAGUGGGGCCGCAAGGACGAUCCGGCGAUCGUUCUGGUCCAUGGCGCCUGCGGUACGCGCAAGAACUGGUUCUUGCUCGGCCCCGCCCUGGCGGAGAAAGGCUAUCAUGUGAUCGCGCCUGAUAUGCCCGAGCACGGUGCGCGCUACGAGGAGAAGCUCUACAUGAACAGCGCUAUUGAGGCGGUGGCGGACAUGAUCCACUACUAUGUUCCCUCCAAGAAGGCGCUGGUGUUCGGCUACUCCAUGGGCGGCUACAUCGCGAUGGCCUUUGGCGCCAAGUACCCCGAACUCUGCCGCGGCUUGAUCAUCGGCGGCGCUGGCACGGACAUGAGGAAGGACCGCUCCAUGCUCGAGUGGAUGGGCACCUACUACAAACUUCUCUCCAAUAAGUCGAAGACUUCCCUCGAGAAGACCUGGCACGACACUCCCUUGAUCGCGGCCAAGGUGGAGGAAGACGUGCUGAACGAGUACUGCUUGCGCGCGGGCAGCUACUACGAGGCCUGGCCGUCGAUUGUCAACAUGUUGACCUCCGAGAACUAUAAGAAGGUGCUGAUGCAGGUCAAAGCACCCGUGCUGUUCUUCACCGGCCAGCACGACAGGAGAGAUGCGGAGCGAAAAUGGUUGAACGCCACCACCAACGCCCGCCUCGAGGUAAUCCCCGAUGCCGGUUAUAUGUGCGUGAUCGACAAGCGACACAGGGACAAGGUCAGGGACCUCAUCCUCCAGUUUGCCGGCUACGCCUUCUCCCUCAGCAAGGACAAGCGGCAGGACAAGAGGCGCACGCAGGUCCCGCGGGUCCCAAAGGCGGCCACCGAGAAGGGAAAGGAGAAGGAGCAGGACGCUUCGUCAUCCGCCACCACCUCGACCAACAAGGAGGAGCAGAAGGUGGAGGAGCAAAAGAAGCCAGAGAGCAAGGAGGAGGCGGAAGAAGAGAAGCCGCAGCCGGAGACCAAGGACGAGAACGCCGAAGAAGAGAAGCCCUGA